AGGAAUUCUUACAGUUGGUUUCCAGAGGUGGUCGACGCAACACGGAUAUAUAUCACAGCAAUGAAAAUACUCACGCUGACGUUAGCUUUAGUUUUAGCCGUCAUUUCGGAAACCGUACAAGACGAUGAGGGAAAAGCAGUUAGGGCAGUUGUUAAGCUCCCUACCAAGUGCAAGGAAACCAAAUACAAGGAGAUGUGCAAGUUCUACAAGAAAAUAGUACCAAUUUACGAAAACGUAGAAAUUUGGAGGCUGGAGGAUCAGAAACCUAUGGUGACCUUCUACGGCGAUCGCGACCAGGUGGUUGACGAUGUUCCCAUUUGGAUUUUGCCCAAGGAUGAAUGGGAAGUUGUUUUUCUAGACAACGGACUGAACGUCAGGAAGGAGUUCAGGCAAUCGCAUCAGCCACCAGCUAAUGCAGGCCAGUGUGGAGCAGAAGCGCCGGUCACUGUGCCAAAAGCCAAAAAAGAGGCUGGCAAGAAAGGACAAUCGAAAAAGGAAAAAACAGAGUUGUGAUUGAUAUUGAAAGAAAAUUGUAUUUUUUUUUAACUCACGCGUCAUAUUUUAUUGACCUGAAAUUGUAUCAAAAGAAGUAAAAAAAGAGAUGAGACAAAGAACAAA